AAUAUCUCUUACCUUUCAUCGGAGAGUCUCUAUUCAGCUCAGUGGGUAGAGAGAGAAAUUGCGAUUUCUAGAGAGAGAGAGAGAAAAGAACAGGAAGACUCUCGGACUCCCUAGGGUUUCAAGUUUUAUAUUUUUCACAGAGGAAAAUUGGAAAUUUUGUAUUGAGAAGAAGUCGUUCGAGCUUUGAGUUUGAAGAUUGCGAUUGUUGUUAGUAUUAUUAUUAAAAUUUUCCCGAGUAAAAGAAACUUUGCGCGGACUAAUUUUGUUUUAGUGUUUGUUUGUAUUUUAUGUAUGUUUUCUUAGACGGGAAUAUAAAUAUAUAUUUCUUUAAAUAUAAUUAAUGCACGAAAAACGAGGCUUCGAGCUUAAGCAAAGUUGUUCACAUUAGUUUCAAAUUCAAACGGAGUUUAUUUUCCAGGAAAGUGCUAUUUAUAUUAUUUUCUCCGAAAAAUUGUCUCAGUAAGAAAGUCGUUGAAGUGGUUAAGUCGUGGUUCUGGAUGUUUAAUCUGGAGGAGAAAGUCUUAGUUUCAGAGUUGAGCGGAAUUAGAUACAACUGGUGUGGUAGUUUGAGGAUGCUAUUAUGGAAAUUGAAUCAAAUGGUUUGUGAAGGUUGACCAAUAAUCGGAUUGGGGAAGAUGAUGGUAAUUUUGUAAAAACUUGAGAGAGAGAGAGAGAGAGGGGAGAGGAGAGGAGAGGGCUAAAAUGGGAAGCUCGGGUGUAAUUUGAGGGUGUUGCAACAUGAGUUGCAGCGAUAGGAACGGAGGAGGAGCCGGAGAAGACGAUAGAAAAAGACAUGAACACGCCGUUUUGCCGAGGUCUGGGGAGCUGGAGCCCAAUUCUGUAUCGCAGAACGGUUCGAAUACUGCCGCGCAGGUGACGAUAGAUGAGAAUUUGCUGGUAGACCCGAAAUUACUGUUUAUCGGGUCGAAAAUCGGCGAAGGAGCCCAUGGGAAAGUUUACGAAGGAAGGUAUGGUGACCGAAUUGUUGCUGUCAAAGUUCUUCAUCGUGGGAGAACUUCUGAAGAAAAAGCUGCACUGGAGGAUCGUUUUGCCCGUGAAGUUAAUAUGAUGUCUCGAGUUAAACAUGAGAAUCUUGUCAAGUUUAUUGGAGCUUGUAAAGAUCCUUUAAUGGUGAUAGUAACUGAACUAUUGCCUGGGAUGUCACUCCGAAAGUAUUUAGUUAGUGUUCGACCCCAAACAUUGGACCUUCACGUGGCGAUAAAGUUUGCUAUUGACAUAGCUCGAGCAAUGGAAUGUCUACAUGCCAAUGGGAUUAUCCAUAGGGAUCUAAAACCUGAUAAUUUGUUGCUUACGGCAAACCAGAAGUCUGUGAAGCUUGCAGAUUUUGGCCUUGCAAGAGAAGAAACAGUGACUGAGAUGAUGACUGCAGAAACUGGAACUUACCGUUGGAUGGCUCCUGAGCUGUAUAGCACUGUGACUUUGCGACAGGGAGAGAAGAAGCAUUACAAUAACAAGGUUGAUGUGUACAGCUUUGGAAUUGUCCUAUGGGAAUUGUUAACCAACCGCAUGCCAUUUGAAGGCAUGUCAAAUUUGCAGGCUGCCUAUGCUGCUGCUUUUAAGCAAGAGCGGCCGAGUAUUCCUGAAGACAUAUCCUCUGAGCUAGCAUUCAUCGUACAAUCAUGUUGGGUUGAGGACCCUAAUCUUAGACCAGGCUUCAGCCAGAUUAUCCGUAUGCUCAACUCAUUUCUCUUCACACUUUCACCAACACCAUCACUGGAUUCCGACACUUAUGAAGCAGCAGCUAGUAACGAAAAUGACACCAUGAACGACUUGUCUGCCAGAGCAAGAGGGAAGUUUUCUUUCAUUCGUCACCUAUUUACUGCAAGGAAGACAAAGAGCACUCAGUAAGCAGGUUUAAUUUUCUUGGUUUCCAACUUAAGAAAAAAACAUAGGCAUAUGUGAUAGAAAGAAAAGAAAAAAUUGUAAUUUGUUACCAGUUUAUGACUAAUCACCUUAAUGAUGACUAUUUUCCAAAGAAAAGAAGAAAAAAAAUGUUGAUUGAGGAACUUGAUAGAGAAUAAAACGUGUAGGUCGACCAUAUAUCACAUCUAGUUGACCUUAUUGUAAAGGAGACACAUGGUUCAGGACAUUUUAAGGUUAUAUAUCAGUAUAUCACAUCUAGUUGACCCCA